AUGCCAGGUGAAGGCGCGCGCGCUGGCGGAGCGGAUCAGCCCAAAGCUCCGGCCGCUCACUUCGAGGACGUUUUAUCCUCGUACCCUGUGGACGGAGCCGCCCCGAGCUCGAGCCCCGCGUACUUCAUCCCGUCCAACCCCAACCAGGAAAUCUCGAGCGCGAGCGCAGCUCACUUCCUGCCCUACCCGACCCGGAGCGGCCCAGGUGUGUCCAGGUGUGCCGCGUCGCUCCAUUACAGCUUCUCCUCUCCUUCUUCCUCCUCCUCCUCUUCCUCCUCUUCCUCCUCAUCCUCAACAUCGCAUGCGCCCUUCGGAGCCGCUUAUCAUCAGUUCACACACGGAUCCGCGAACCUGUACACACCUGCAUACGACGGCGCGGAGCUGUGCGCGCGCGGGGACCGGAGAGCUCAGGUGUACCUGUGUAACCGCGCGCUCUGGCUCAAAUUCCACCGACAUCAGACCGAGAUGAUCAUCACCAAGCAGGGCAGGAGGAUGUUCCCGUUCCUGAGUUUCAGUAUUUCAGGUCUGAGUGUUUCCUCUCACUAUAAUGUUUAUGUGGAGAUCACACUCGCUGAUCCUAAUCACUGGAGAUUUCAGGGAGGAAAAUGGGUGACGUGCGGCAAAGCGGAUAACAACCUGCAGGGGAAUAAGAUUUAUAUCCACCCUGAGUCUCCGAACACUGGAGCGCACUGGAUGCGGCAGGAAAUUUCAUUCGGCAAACUGAAACUGACCAACAAUAAAGGAGCAAACAACAGUAACACACAGAUGAUCGUCCUGCAGUCGCUGCAUAAAUAUCAGCCGCGGCUGCACAUCACUGAGGUUCCUGCAGACGGUCUGGACUCUGAGAGAGAGACGCGCACGCAGACGUUCGUCUUCCCUGAGAGCCAGUUCAUCGCCGUCACUGCGUACCAGAACACUGAUAUCACACAGCUGAAGAUCGACCACAACCCCUUCGCCAAAGGAUUUAGAGACAACUAUGACUCGAUGUACACGGCUCCUGAGGGUGAAAGGUUAACCCCGCCCUCUGCUGAGUCCCCGCGCACUCACCAGCUCGUCUCGAGUGCUCGCUACCCGGUGCAGCCGUUCCUGCAUGAUCAGUUUGUGAACACUUUGCCCCCGAGUCGUUUCUACAGCGCUGAGCGCUCACUGCCGCCUGCGGACGAAUGCGCCGCGUCCCACCGCUGGCUCGUGACCCCGGUGCAGCAGCCGUACGAGUCCGAGUACCUGCCCUACGCCCUGAGCUCACGCGCCCUCACCUGCUACUCCGACUCCGCCUUCGCCUCCAUGGCUGCCGGCUGGGGGUCAAAGGUCAGCUACCAGAACAAGAUUCCCGCCAGUUUGCCCUGGUCACCCCGGCCGAGUAACAACGACAGCCAGGACAAAGUGCGUGAGGAUGACUGGGCGGAGUCUGUGGCGUACGCUGUGGCGUGUAAACGCAAACGCGUGUCACGUGAUGAGUCCAGCACCGAAAACUCACCGACGAUCAAGUGUGAGGACUCGCGAUCAGAAAACUAUGGAAAAGACGCUUCAUCUGGCUCCAAGAGUGUGAGCUGCUGCGCCUUCUACACUGCCACCUAAACACACACACACACACACACACACACGUGCUCACCAUGCCACUGAGUAAACUGUGAAUUAACAAGCCAAGAUAUUUCAGUGCAUUGUGAUUGGACAUGUUCUGAUAUUAACACCAUGUUUUAUUCAGUAGGUGCCCUACGUAGGCAACAUUAACACACUCCCAAAAUAAAGUCCAUCGCAGCGUGAGGUCAGCUGAGUCUCUUAGGCGACUCGUCCGUAGUGUCAGGUUGUUCAAAGCUGCACCACUAUAUAUAUAUCAGCUGUUCAGCAAAUAUCAAUCUUCAUAAAGUCCUCAUUCACAGCUCAUUUUAAAUUCCAUUGAAAUAUUAAUUAUCUCUUUUGAGUCACAGACAAUUUUAAAAAUGUCUCUCUGUGACAGAUUAUCGGCUGAUGUUCUGUUGAUUUGCUCGUCUUUCUAGAUCGCGGUGCCGCGUGUUUACUGCUCCAUUCAGCUCUGUAGAGUUAUUACUGCACCUAGUGGUCAAACAUGGGAACUGCAGGAAGUGCUAAUGGAGGCCCACUGGGGUGAGAAUCACGCUGCCCCAUGCUCAGGGGAGGAGCAGCAGACAGGGCAGUUAAUGACACGGUUGCCAGAGUUUUAAAUACUCCACAUCCGCCAAGAUCUAGUCUGAUAACAAACAGAGCCGUUUCCUUUUCAGGGGUUUCCUCCGUCGUUUGGUCUUUGCCCGUUCCCGCCCGCUGUCAGCUCUCCCCUUUCAUACGACAGCUACCAACCGGCGAGGGUGAAGGCUAACACGUGCUUCCGCCAAGACACGUGACACGCCACUUGUGUGAAAUAAUUAUUUCCCCACACAAAAAAAAAGAAAAAAGAAAAGAAAAAAAACGUGCCUCCAUUUUUCCAAUGCCUGAUUUCUCUGGGCAGGUUUCAGGUCUUUCGUGUGGUUUGUGUGGUUCGUGAGGUGGAAAUUUUGCUGAAACCUGUAAACCCUGGUUAAUGAUGCUACCUCCAACACAGCUGAACAGAAGCGCGUGUAAACCCGUUCAGAUGCAGCUGCUCGACUGCACGCUGGAUGACGUCGACUCUCGGCUGCCUUGAUAAUUCACCAGAUAGUAGCUUAUCACGUGGGAUAGCUUAUCACGUGAGAUAGCUUAUCACGUGAGAUAGCUUAUCACGUGGGAUAGCUUAUCACGUGAGCCUCUCCACUUCAUUCAUGUAAGCGACUCGCUGGUCCUGCAGCUGACACUCAGAUUUGUGAUUAUAGAUUAAAAGUCUUUCUGCAGUUAAGAUUAAAGAGACUGACUGCAGGAAUUUCAGAGACUGCGGAUGCAGCGCAGUUUACAUGUUUAUGUUUUAUUUUUGAAUAUAUUAUGACAUAAUUUAAAAACCAUUACUUCAGAAAGUUGUUCAGAAUGUCACUUUGAUGUGAAAUUUUAGAAAGAACAGAAUUCUGAUGGAGCUCUUCAGUAAGGACGUGUGAACCGCUAGAUCACAGUUAUCCUUCUGAACAGGACAGACUUUAAUCUGCCGCGUGCUGACCGAGUCUCGCCCUGAACACAGCGCUGUGUGUGUUGAUAAUCGCGGUGUAUCGUGUAAGCGAUAAUCAGAACACACUUAACUGUAAUUUAACACCUGAUGCAUUAAAGCACUCACAUUUUAACUGUGUCAUUUUUACAAAGGAAUUCUGAUGUGUGUACACUGCAGUGUUCUGGCUCCAGUUUACCCACAAUGCAUCAGUGUUAAAGCCAGUUUACCCACAAUGCAUCAGUGUUAAAGCCAGUUUAACACUGACUCUGUGAUGGUGUGAAUUUGUUGUGUUUAAUCUGUUUAACUGUGUAAGUAAAGUUUCUCAUGUAUUCUCA